AAGGCGGUACAAACGGGCUACUCUCCACACUGGUCCAGGAGUUAGUUUGCGGACCUCUGUGGCUGGGCUUUGAGAGGUGGUCUGGAUGAAAGGCUGAAGCACAAACCUCGACAACAACCGAUACAAAGAAACGCUUAAGCUUCAGGUUAAAAGUUGACCUUCAGAACUUUGGCUGAAGACCUAAAGUACAAGUUAAACAGGUUUUGGAGUUAGCCAAGAAUGGCGGAUUUAAGCCUUGGUGAUGCUCUCGGUGACAGUCCGGUCUCUGGAGUUGAAGAGCCGUUAAUAAAGCGUGACUUUGUUGAAGCCCUGGAAGCUGAGAGCUUUGAUGAUGUUGUUGGAGAGACUGUGGGGAAGAGUGACUACCGACCCCUGUUGGACAAGGAUGAUGUUAAUACUCCAUCUGAAGGCAAGGUGGCAAGUGAGAAAACUAUACUGGAAAAUGGAGAACAUGAUGGUGGGAAAGGAAAAAAAGCAGAUUUCCUUUUGGAAAGUUUGGAGGAUGAGGUGCCUACACCAGAUCAGAAUGUAGCAGUGGAAGCAUUGCUAGACCCCCAUCAGAAUUUUUUAGGAAACACGCCUGCAGAUAUAAACUCUGUAUCAACAGAAAGUGUCCUUCCACCUGUAUCACCUGGAAUGAAAGAUACUUUGUUUUUUUCAUCUGCUAAGGAACCGACACCUACAGUUAUAGGGCCGGGACAACUUGAUGCUAUGACUCCUAUCUCACAUACUGGAAAUGUUCAGAAUGACAACAAGUCUGCAACUGAUUACAAACCCUCAAAAUCACCAGAUGCAGAUCUGUCUACUACUAUUGACAACUCUAAUGAUCAGACACAGAAAACAGUUACUUCUACAGAAGAGAUAAAAAGUCUAACCAGCAAAAGCCCAGGGUCUCCAGAACAGCAACUGAUAAGCACAAGUGGGAUCUCUCAGACAGAAACAGCUGACACUUUUCCUGCAAUUUUGCCUGGAAGGCCCAGGCAACAACAGAAUAUAAGAGAUUUCCAUCAAGACCUACCUGUCUUUACACCCAGUGUUUCCACUGUGAUUAGCAAGCAUACUAAAGAAAAAAGAGACUUAACAAAUGAAACCGCAAUAAGUUCCGUGUCCUUGCCUGAUGUUGGUCCUAGCCAAAGUACUCACUAUGAUCUUCAACAGCCUACUUACAUAGUUAAACAACCAGUUAAGAGCUUUCACUCUGAUGAAAAUAGUGGUUUCCAGGUUGACACAAAAAGCAUACAACACACUAGUCACAAUUUUCCAUCCCUAGAGAUGCCAUCAAUUGGGAAAAUUGGCCAUAGUGAAGCAUAUUCAUUUUACGAAAUCCCUGAAAUACUAGAAAGUGAAGUGGGUGGAACUGGCUUGGAAAGAAAGUUGAAGAAGAAAAAGAAAAGAAAGCAAAAAAAUCCUGAACAGGAAGAGCUUCUUGUGAGCAAAUCUCACAGAAAACCAUACUUUCCUCUUGAUUCAUCACCAUUAGAUUUCACAAAAAUACAAGAUGCAGCUGAAAAAUUUGCCAGUUUUGGUGCUGAUGGUGAUUCUUAUUUGGAAAGACAUGCUACAAGUGCAGAAGAGACCUCUGUAAAUGAAUGGUCAAGGAUAACAAUGGAUAAUUCUGAAUUUCAGACUCCGAUAUCAGAAGGUUCAUGUGCUACUGUGAUGGUUAAUCCUAAUUACAGCAGAGAGCAAGAUGAAGAAGUGCUUAGGGGAACUAAGAGCAAGAAAAAUAAGCAGAAGAAGAAAGUGGUUGAACAGGGAAUGGAAGGUAUACCUAGAGAACAAUUCACUGUACAAGCAGAAAAGCUUGUGAACAAGAGCACACAUUAUUCUGUGCCAGAGUCAGCUUCUGGUCUUGACGAUACACUGCUCCAAAGCACAUUAGAAAAGGUUGAUAAUGAGAGUGUUGAACAGAAAAGUGAUCAUGAUAACACUGCAGGAAAAGUGAACUUUAAUAAAGGUCCUUUAGAUAAUAUUCAGUAUGACAUGAAGGAGAAGAAGAAAGUGCAUAAGGCUGUAAAAGAGGGAGCUAUAGAUUUUGUAGAAGGAAAAGAGAGAGUCCAAAAAAUGGAGAAGCACUAUGCUGAUGGUAAAUGUAAGGUAAAAGUUAAGAGUAAGGAAGUGAAGUCUUACGAUGGGAGCAACAGAGAUAAUUUGUUGGAAAAUAGUAACAAUGAGAUUCACAAGUUGAUCUCAAUAGAGGCUAGUGAUGUAAAGGUGGAUUCUUGUAAUGAAGAUAAGAUUUCUCCUGUUGCUGUAAAGAAGAUUUAUGAUGAAGAGAACAUAGAAGUGUUAAGUGAAAAUAAAGGGGAGAAGGCUCAUAAGUUAAUGUCAGAAGAAGUAAGUGUGAGUGUAGGAAUUGGAUCUAGUAAGGAAAAACAGAUUUCUCCAGUUGAAUCUAAAAAUGUGGAUGAUGGAGCGGAUAUAGAAGAAUUACUUAAAGUUAAUGAAAAAACAUUUCAGAAAGUGUUACCUGAAGAGGUUAAUGUAAAAAUAGGUACUUCUAAGAGUAAAAGUUCUCAUUUUGCCAUAUCUGCAAGGGAAUGUGUAGGUAAAGACAACAGAGAUGAUUUCCAAAUAAAAGGAAAAGAAAAAUGUGACAAUAUGACAUUACUCCAGUCCUCUAAUAUUGGGUUUGACAAUUCUGCAUUAAAGGAGGUGACUGCUGCCGAUAGUUUGGAAAACCCCUUUGAAAAUGUAGAAGAUAAAAUUCAAUCUUAUGCAGAAAGCAAGGCAUGUACUGUUGCAGAUAAAUAUGACUUGAGUGAAAACAGCUACCAAAGAAGAAAAGAAGAAGCUAAUCAACCAGAGAUUCAGGGGUCCUCUAUGAAAGAAGAAGUUCCAAUUCCUGAUACAGGUGUCAGUAUGACUCCUGAUGCAGCCACACAUGACCCCAAAGUAAAAAAGGUCAUUGAUGUUGAUACAAAAAAGUUUUUUGGGGUCGGUGAAGAAUCUCAGAAUUUAAACAGUGUUCAACUCCCCAUGAUUUCUGAAUUUAAAAGAUCCAGAGAUGAGCAGAAAUCAACUGCCAGUAAUAGUAAGUGGGUUGAAAAUGUAGAAGAUAAAAUUCAGUCUCAUGCAGAAAACAAGGCAUAUCGUGUUGCUGAAAAAAAUGAAAAUACCACUCAAAGAAGAAAGGAAGAAACUAAUAAACCAGAGAUUCAGGGAUCCUGUAUGAAAGUAGAUGUUCCAAUUCCUAACACAGGUGUCAGUAUGACUUUGGAAUCAACUGCCCUUGACUCCAAAGAAAAAAAGGCCAUUGAUGUUGAAACAAAAAUGUUUUUGGGGACAGGUGAAGAAUCUCAAAAUUUAAACAGUACUCAAUUCCCAAAGGUUUCUGAAUUUAAAAAAUCGAAAGACAAGCAAAAACCCACUCCCAGCAAUAGUAAGUUUGUUGAUACUAUUUGCCCAGAAAUGCAAAAAAAUAAAUCUGCUGAUCACCUAAUUUUUGGAGUAAAAUGCCAGUCCUUUGAUAAUAGUAAAAAUAAAAGUCAGAUUGACAAUUUGAGCAAUUUAAUUGAUCCUAAUCCAGAAAAUAACAGUUCAGUUUUUGACAUAAAUCUCAAUCAAAUCACUGCUGGUGAUACACUGAAAGCUCAUGAAGAACCUGCAUCAACUUUCCAACUUUCAGAUUCCUUCUCUCAAAGCCUACAACUAGAUUCUCCUCCACUAAGUCCUGAAGCUCAGGAACAUGUUCAAUGUAUGGUACAACCUGAGAAUAAUUAUGCUGUUACUCCCAUGCUGUCUGAUGAUCAGGAAUUUAAGCAGAAUUUUCCAGAACAUAAACAAAUUAAAAACAAUUUACCUGAACCUCCAGAGCCCUUUUCAGCUCUUAAGGAGGUACAAGCAUUGCACACCACUUCUAUGGGCAAAGAGGAUGACUUUUUAGAAGAUGAAAAGAAAGCUUCAGUGAUGGAAGCAGAUAAGCAUAAAAAAAAACAAAACAAAGAAACAGAGAUGAAAAGCUAUAUGAGGCCUACACAGUCGAGGGUAGCUCAACAGUUUAGGGCUCCAGAGGCCAAAGUCACAGUGCCAAACACAUUCAGUUUCUACAGAGGCCAGGCUGAACCAAGUCCCAAGAAACGGAUGAAAACAGAAGCAAAUGAACUGACUGUUCCUAAACUCCGGGAAGAAUCAAAUGACAAAAAUGAUAAAAAGCCCACAGCAAAUGGAAUGAGUGCUGCACCUAACAAAGAGCUGCCACCAAGUCCAGAGAAAAAGUCAAAGCCUUCUGCAGCCACCACUCCAUCUGCUAAGCCAAGUUCUACCAAAGCACGACCUUCAUCACUUUCAACUGCUGGUACAGCCAAGCGCCCUGUCUCUGCCAAUGCCACCACCCCAAACAAAAAAUCAUCUGUUCCCACAACACCUACCCCAACUUCCAGCUCAAAGAAGACAACUCCUACCACGCCCCGUCCCACUUCUACAACACCCACUAUGCAACGCCCAUCCCCUACAACUCCCCGUGAAACCAAGCCUAAGGUUCCAACAACUCGAAACACAGUAAAAAGUCCAGAGAAGCCAUCAACAGUUUCAAAGACAACUUCAACUCCCCCUGCAAAGGCUUCAGUGCCAAAGAGUAGCCCUGGAGUGCCUGCAACACCUAAGUCGAGUAGUGCUACCCGUACUUCUGCCCAGAAAAAUGCCACCACCACACAGAGGCCUACCUCCAUAAAAACUGAAUCUAAAGUAACAGAUGUGAAGAAAGCAAGUCCAGCAAAAUCUCCUUCAGCAGGUACAAGCAGGACAAGGAUGACUCCAGUCAGUUCCAAGAGUAAUGCAACAACACCUAGUACUCCUGGAACAAACACCUCCAAAUCUGUUACACCCACUUCUGCUGAAAAGAAGACUCCUUUGGCCCGAACUGUUCCUAAAACUAGUCCAGCCCCUAAGACCACACCCCGGCCAAACAGCACAACUCCCACACCAGAUGUCAAGAAUGUUAAGUCCAAAAUAGGAUCUACUGACAAUAUUAAACAUCAGCCUGGAGGAGGCAAGGCAACCGUGACAGACAAGAGUCGGGAGUCUAAAGGGCCUAAGAAAGAUGAUCCACUAACAGUAAAUCAAAUCUCUAAAAAUUCCAUAGUGAAAAAUCAAAGCUCCCCAAAGCAGAGUAUUGGGAAAGUUCAAAUAGUCAGCAAAAAAAUCGACUACAGUCAUGUCACUUCCCGCUGUGGCUCCAAGGACAAUAUCAAGCAUAUUCCUGGUGGUGGAAAUGUGCAGAUUCUAAAUAAAAAAGUAGACCUAAGCAAAAUUACAUCUAAGUGUGGUUCAAAGGAUAACAUAAAGCAUAAGCCAGGUGGUGGGGAGGUGAAGAUCCAGACACACAAGGCUGACUUUAAAGAAAAGGCUCAUUCAAAAAUUGGCUCUUUAGAUAAUCUGGGUCAUGCUCCUGGGGGUGGGAAUAUCAAGGCUGAGGGGGAGGAGGAGACAACUGUUGGUGUCCUGGUUCCCCCUGGUGGCGCUCUGACAGAAGCGCUGGCAGGGAGCAAGACCUAUGAGAAUGGAUUAAGGGAGACUCUGCCGUGUUCAGGGGAGCAAGGAGAAACUCAGGGCCUCAGCUCACAUAUACCUGAGACAAGCAUCUAACCCUGCUUUGUGGUGUUGCAUUACUUCCCCGUACAUCCCAUUCUUUUCCCCCCUUCCCUCUCUCUCUACCCCACUCUCACCCCAUCCCUUCUCUCAUCCUCUUUUCGCUGCAGAUUGAGUCCCACAAGCUGAUGUUUUGCGAGAAUGCCCGGGCUCGCACAGACCAUGGCGCCGACAUCAUCUACAAAUCCCCGAGCAGCAGUAGCACCCCCCCAGCACGCAGCGUCUCACUGAGCGAGUGUCUUGGCUCUCCACCUGUUGAAGUACAACUGGCUCAAGAUGUCAGGAUCAUGCUGGAUGACCAGGAGUCGUGAUUUGUCUUCGCUCUAGUGUCUUUUAGCUGUUUUAGUCUUCUUUUUUUUGUUGUAAAUAGUCUUGGAGGUAGGAAAGUGUGGCUCUUGUGUUUGGUUUGCUUGCAGUAAAAGCACAUUUUUAUAUAAUCACAGCUCAAAAAAUUAGUUCAAAAAGUUAGUUCUACCUGACCAAUUUUCUGUUGGGAAACUGUUGGGAGUAUUUACUUCUGGAAUAUCCAGUUUUCAAAGAAUUAUUGUCAAAAAAUUAUGCAGUGAGGCAAUUCAUUUGUGUGCCAUUGCUGUGGAAGCUACACUGCAUUUCCCAAAAAUUGAGGUUAUUGACUUCUGAUGACACAUCUUUUAAAGCAGCGGGACAUCUAUUUUUAAACAUCCAAUGGUCUCCCAAGCCCUUGGUCGUCUUUGUAGCAUACCUCACACUGGGUGCUGUUUAAAAAACAGUGUUGUCCCACAAAUCUUGUAGAAUAGUUUCGCACAGAAGAAUUAAACUUUGCACUAUUCAUAAGGGAUGUUGAAUUACCUAUAUUUGUGCGAGCCUUAAGCUAAAACUGGUUGUUUGACUUGUUUCAGAUUUUAGUUCACAAGUGUUGAUCCAGUUCUUCUGGUACUUGGAAUGACAGUAUUGCUGCAUCCCCACACAUUUAAUCACUUAUAAACUAAUGAAGGAUGGUUGUAUGUUUUGUUUUUUGUUUUUUUUUUUAAGCAAAACCAUUAAAACACAAGAGCCAGGCUGUAAUCCUCCCUGUACUACUUCAUCUUCUAAAUUCACAAAUUAGAAUAUGUUAUAUGUAAAAUGUGCUUUUAUAAAAAAUGUUUUGUGGUGAAGUGUUUAAUAUUCUUGUAUAAUUAAUUGUGCUGUUUUAGAUUUUUCUUCUUCUUAAAGCAAUAUGAUUGGUCUUGAUGCAGGUUGGGUGGGUGAAACACAUACAUUAGCAGGAUAAGGCUUUGGAGUGUGGGCUCUGAGAAAGCACAAAGAGUUUGCUGGACUGGGAGCUGUCGGCAGGAGCCUGGGAGAUGGAAGAGCAUGAUUAAGAAGUAUCUUCUUAUCUUUUGGCAGCUGGAAUCUAUCCUAUAAUGGCAUAAAUGUUAAAGACUGCACUUUACUCAACAUAGCAUCUUUUUUCUUCACCUUUCUAAAAGUCUCUUUAGGACUAUCACAUCGAUUGACUGAAAACUUGGACGAUGGGCCCAAUCCUAGUAGUGUAUCAGUGAGUUUGCAGAAAUAUGUAAAACUGACAAUACUUGGCAGAGGUCCAUCAUGCAUAAAAAGGAAAAGGAAAGCAGCUUUGGCUUAUUGUCAAUUUUGGCUGGCACCAUAGAAAAACACAGUAUGACGCAAUAUCUAUUACAAUAUACAAGAUGCAUCACAAGUCUGGACCCAUAGCAAAUAUACCGUGUUACUCUUAGAAGCACACUUUUAUCUUCUGUUUAAAUAUUUCAAAGGUAGAAAUAAUCUUAUAAUUAUCUGUACCAGUGGUCAACUAUUGCCUUCUAGAUAAAUCCAACCCAUGGAAACUUUAGGAUCAUUUUUGUGUUAAAGAUGUCAUAACCAUGGUGGAAAAAAAAACCCUCAUCAUUUCUCCAUGAUCCCAUUUUAAAUUUCAACGUUUAAUAAUCCCCACACAAUAAUAUAAAUAAUUGGUUAUAGUAUGAUGCUUACAGUUACAGAGUUAUGUUACAUUUUAGUUGUCAUAAAAAGAAAUUAGAGGGAAUAAAAUCUCAUCAGUGUGUUGCCAGAGGUGGUCUGUGAAUUAAAUGAAAAAGGUGGGGUCAGGGUUUCCAUUUUAAGGAAUUUUUUAGGAAUCGAUACAUGGAUUGUUAUUAGAUAGUCUGCAGAAAAAAAAAAUAAUGUCCCCUGUUGUUCCAAAUGUCUGAAAAGCCCUGUACAUGCACAACAGUAGUUUAAUAUGUGUUACAUAGAAACAUUGUGAAUAGUUUUGGAGGAUAUUGCUGUUGUGCUAGGUCUGCUUUCACUAAAUAGCAUAAUCAUAGUUGAAGAAACAUCUGCAAAAAAAAGUUCAGUUUGUAAAUAACUAUAAUAAUAAGUGCCAGUCAUAGUAUACUUUAAAGUCAAAACACAAAAGUAAAUGUUAUAAGUGAGAUGAUAAACUAAAUAAAGAUACUCCUGUGCAUUUGUCUGUGUGUAUACACACAAUCGGAGUACAUUCUUCCUGUGUCUGCAUGAGUUUUUCUAAGGGUAUUGUGGCUUUCCUCUCACAUCUCAAAGAUGGGUUAGGUUAGUUUGUCAUUCCAAAUUGGUACUCUGGUUUGUCUCCUACAUCCCAAAAACAUGCAUAUUAAUUGGUAAGUUUGAUUUGGUCUCAUGUGAACGUGAGCAUAAGUAUGUGCGUGAGUGGACCCUGCAAUGGAUUUGUGCCCCAUCAGCAGUGGUUUAAACCUUGUGCCUGAUCCUGGAAGAAUCCACCUGACAUCCUGACUAAGCAUUUUUGAGAAUAUCAUAAUAUGUAAAUGUUAUGUAUAGAGAAAAAAGGUCUCUUUGUGAAAAGACAUUUUACUCAUCCAUUCAUCAGGCCCAGAUGUAUCUAGAACAGUGUUGCAGAGAGCUGGAGCCAUGGUCUGGUCACAGAUUCCUUGCAGGGCAUACUCCGUGAUACUGGGCUAUUAAAUGAAACAAAAAUUAAAGUCACUUUAGCUGUUGAAUUAUGCAAAGUUGAUUAUUUUUAAACAGUUUCCUUUAAUGGUUUGGGGGCUUGUUUUUUUAAUAUGCACGACAUUUUAUGAUGAUGUAUUUCUUUUAAAGAGUCAUCUUAGAAAUAUCCUGGGCACGCACCCUUUGUACUUUUUCCCCCACAUCUGUUGCUUCGUUUUAAAUAUGAAACUGAUUUUGUUCAGUGACCAUUGCCUAUAUAGCAUACACUUUUUUGUAACAUUUGUUAGAAACAUAAGCUAUUGGGAUUGAUUCCUUUAUCAAUUACUUGAACUCAAGUUUAUUAUUAAAGGCUUAGAAAAUGCUUGAGUCCAUUCAGACAGCACAGGGUGGAGAACCAACCAUGCUUAGUCUACAUUUUGCCAAUGCAUUGCACACUAUUGUCUUAUUUAAUUACCCCAAACAGCCUUUUUCCACCCCCACCCUACUAAUAGCACUCUAGGAAAGUGGCAACCCAGAGAAAAACUCGUAAAAUAAUAUGGGAGAAUAUGUGAACUCCUCUAUACACACUGACAAGGCUGGCAUUCAAACUCUGAAAGGUGGCCACUUCUUUGUAAAAUCUUAGUGGAUGGUACUUAACAAAAACAAAAAGUUAAUUGGAAAGCCUUCUAGUGAAUAGUAAAAAGUCAUUUAAUUACACCUCCAGUGGCUAAUGCCAGUUGCAAUUCUGCUGUAUCUGGAAAUUAUAGGUAGUAUUUCACUUUUACUAGAAAGUCAAACAGAAUGUGAACCAGAGGGAUUUUCAAGCAUUCAGACCCUCUUCUGCUAUCGUUACUUUCCUUGUUUUUCCCCUUUUUCCUAUUUUAUUAAAGGUGCUAGUUAAUUCUAAAUAUGCACAGGUUGGCAUUUUAACAAAGAAGUGACUGAAAAAAUAAGUAAAAACGUAGGAAAGCAGACUUUAAUGCUGAGCUCUGUAAACUGUAGAUAUUUUAAACAGAUUUGUGACUUUCAAAUGUAAAUGAAAAGCAAAUUGAUUUUAGUCUCUGAAGCGGUAGGUGGAGAUAUGGGGAAGGCCACCUGAUAAAAUUAAAAUGUCCAUUUAACAAGACUUGACAUCAAUAACUAAUUGAUCAUAAGCAAUCUGUGAUCCUCUAGGACAAAGAGUGGACACUUUGUGAAAAUUGUGAAAACUUCAUUUUCAGAAAGUGUGAGUAAAGGAAAAUAAUGAGAGCAGUUCACCACUUGGUGAGAGCAGAACAACGGAAGACUGCUGGCCAUUUUAUGGUAUGAUAACAAUUUAGAAAGUUCCUUUUACAGCAUUGUACUUUGAAGUUGCAUUUACUGUGUGACAUUAUCUUUCAAUGCUACGAAGGAGUCUAUUUACCCUUCUGUUAAUCAUGACAAAAAUUAAGUUCUGGAAAGCUUUCUCUGCCUUUUCUCAACUUGUGUCUUUAUUUCUUCAAAGAGUUUCUGUAGUAACGUUUUGAGAGUUUUUUGUGAAUUUUUAUAUCUUGUGCAUUUAGUUUACUGUU